GGGUGGAGGCCGAGGCCGGGGCUGUGCUCGGGUGCAGCAGAGGGCGCGCGGAGCCGAGCGACCCCAGCACCCCGCUGCCGCGCCGGGCCGUCACCUCAGGCUCCGCCCGGGCUCCGGCGGCGGCGCGGCGGCCCUAGUCCCGCCGUCCGGCCUCCCACACUACCUCCGUAGCAGCUUCUUUCCUACCGCAGCGCGUCCGGCCGGGCUCGGCCGUGGCCCUCCUCCGUGCCGGCCGCCAUGGCAGGGGCGCCCCGCGCGGGAGAAAUCUAGUCCCGGGCUUUGAUGCGGCCUAGUUUGGGUCUGUCUCCCCCCGCCGUGGCUGCGGCGCCGGCCCGUACACCAGCCCCAGUCCGGGCCUCCGUGUCUCUCCUGUGAUCGCGCUGACACGGCCCGGGGGUUAGAAUGGAACAAACUGAAGGCCCGAUGAGAGAAAGGGACAGUUAAGGAUGCUGGAGCAGAACAAUGGAUUUCUCUUUCUCUUUCAUGCAAGGGAUCAUGGGAAACACAAUUCAGCAACCACCUCAACUCAUUGACUCCGCCAACAUUCGUCAGGAGGAUGCCUUUGAUAACAACAGUGACAUUGUCGAAGAUGGUGGCCAGACACCGUAUGAAGCUACCUUGCAGCAAGGCUUUCAGUACCCACCUACAACAGAAGACCUUCCUCCACUUACAAAUGGCUACCCACCAUCAAUUGGCAUGUAUGAAACUCAAACCAAAUACCAGUCAUAUAAUCAGUACCCCAAUGGGUCAGCCAAUGGCUUCGGUGCAGUUAGAAACUUUAGCCCCACUGACUAUUACCAUUCAGAAAUUCCAAAUACAAGACCACAUGAAAUUCUAGAAAAACCUUCUCCUCCACAGCCACCACCUCCUCCGUCGGUACCACAAACUGUGAUUCCAAAGAAGACUGGCUCACCUGAAAUUAAACUAAAAAUAACCAAAACUAUCCAGAAUGGCAGGGAAUUGUUCGAGUCUUCACUUUGUGGAGACCUUUUAAAUGAAGUACAGGCAACUGAACACACAAAGUCAAAGCAUGAAAGCAGAAAAGAAAAAAGGAAAAAAAGCAACAAGCAUGACUCAUCUAGAUCUGAAGAGCGCAAGUCACACAAAAUCCCCAAAUUAGAACCAGAGGAGCAAAAUAGACCAAAUGAGAGGGUGGACCCCACACCAGAGAAACCAAGAGAAGAGGCAGUGCUCAAGGACACUGCCCUGGUUCAGCCAGUACUGACUUCUGCCCCAACCACAGAAGUGACCACUGGUAUUAAGUUCCAGGUCGGUGAUCUUGUUUGGUCCAAGGUGGGAACCUAUCCUUGGUGGCCUUGUAUGGUUUCAAGUGAUCCCCAACUCGAGGUUCAUACCAAAAUUAACACAAGAGGUGCCCGGGAAUAUCAUGUCCAGUUUUUUAGCAACCAGCCAGAGAGGGCGUGGGUUCAUGAAAAGCGGGUACGGGAGUAUAAAGGUCAUAAACAGUAUGAAGAAUUACUGGCUGAAGCCACCAAACAAGCCAGCAAUCACUCUGAAAAACAAAAGAUUCGGAAACCUCGACCUCAGAGAGAACGUGCCCAGUGGGAUAUUGGCAUUGCCCAUGCAGAAAAAGCAUUGAAAAUGACUCGAGAAGAAAGAAUAGAACAGUAUACUUUCAUCUACAUUGAUAAGCAGCCCGAGGAGGCUUUAUCGCAGACAAAAAAGAAUGCUGCCUCCAAGACCGAAGUUAAAAAACCCCGGAGACCAAGAUCUGUGUUGAAUGCUCAACCAGAACAGACCAAUGCAGGGGAGGUGGCCUCCUCACAGUCAAGUUCUGACCUUCGGAGACACAGUCAGAGGCGGCACACAAGUGUGGAAGAGGAAGACUCACCCCCUGUUAAGAUAGCCUGGAAGACAGCAGCUGCGAGGAAAUCCUUACCAGCUUCCAUUACAAUGCACAAAGGGAGCCUGGAUUUGCAGAAGUGUAACAUGUCCCCAGUUGUAAAAAUCGAACAGGUGUUUGCUCUUCAGAACGCAACAGGAGAUGGGAAAUUUAUUGAUCAGUUUGUUUAUUCAACAAAGGGAAUUGGUAACAAAACGGAAAUAAGUGUCAGGGGGCAAGACAGGCUUAUAAUUUCCUCACCAAACCAGAGAAGUGAAAAGCCUACACAGAAUGUAUCAUCUCCUGAAGCAACAUCUGGUCCUACAGGCUCAGUAGAAAAGAAGCAACAGAGAAGAUCAAUUAGGACUCGUUCUGAAUCAGAGAAGUCCUCGGAGGCUGUGCCAAAGAAGAAGAUCAAAAAGGAGCAGGUUGAAACAGUUCCUCAGGCUACAGUGAAGACUGGAUUACAGAAAGGUGCCAGCGAGAUUUCAGAUUCCUGUAAGCCUCUAAAGAAAAGGAGUCGAGCCUCCACUGAUGUAGAAAUGACUAGUUCAGCCUACAGAGAUGCAUCCGACUCCGAUUCUAGAGGACUGAGUGAUCUGCAGGUAGGCUUUGGAAAACAAGUAGAUAGCCCAUCAGCUGCUGCAGAUGCAGAUGUUUCUGACGUGCAGUCCAUGGAUUCGAGUUUGUCCAGAAGAGGCAUUGGAAUGAGUAGGAAGGACACUGUGUGUCAGAUCUGCGAAAGCUCUGGGGACUCUCUGGUUCCUUGUGAGGGAGAGUGCUACAGAUACUUUCACCUGGAGUGCCUGGGAUGGACGUCAGUCCCUGAUGGGAAGUUCACGUGCAUGGAGUGUAAAACUGGGCAGCAUCCAUGUUUUUCAUGUAAAGUGCCUGGUGAAGAUGUGAAGCGUUGUUCUGUUGGUGCUUGUGGAAAGUUUUAUCAUGAAGCCUGUGUCCGAAAAUUCUCCACUGCCAUCUUUGAAUCAAAGGGAUUCCGCUGUCCCCAGCACUGCUGCUCUGCCUGCUCUAUGGAGAAAGAUAUCCACAAAGCAAGUAAAGGACGCAUGAUGAGAUGUUUGAGGUGUCCCGUUGCCUAUCACUCUGCAGAUGCUUGUAUUGCUGCAGGAAGCAUGUUUGUGUCCUCCUAUAUUCUCAUCUGUAGUGACCAUUCUAAGCGGAGCAAUAAUUCUGCUGCUGCUGUAAAUGUAGGCUUUUGUUUCGUUUGUGCCAGAGGGCUGAUAGUUCAGGACCAUUCAGACCCCAUGUUCAGUUCCUAUGCCUAUAAGUCCCACUACCUACUGAAUGAAUCAAAUCGUGCUGAGUUGAUGAAAUUACCUAUGAUUCCUUCUUCGUCAGCUUCCAAAAAGAAAUGUGAGAAAGGUGGAAGAUUACUGUGCUGUGAGUCGUGCCCGGCUUCUUUCCACCCAGAAUGUCUGAACAUCGAUACGCCAGAAGGCUGCUGGAAUUGUAAUGACUGUAAAGCUGGCAAGAAACUGCAUUACAAGCAGAUUGUUUGGGUCAAACUGGGAAAUUACAGAUGGUGGCCAGCAGAGAUCUGCAAUCCCAGGUCUGUACCACUGAACAUCCAGAGCCUUAAACAUGACUUAGGAGACUUCCCCGUGUUCUUCUUUGGUUCUCAUGACUACUAUUGGGUGCACCAAGGCAGAGUGUUCCCAUAUGUGGAAGGAGACAAAAGCUUUGCUGAGGGGCAGACUAGUAUUAACAAGACCUUCAAGAAAGCGCUGGAAGAAGCUGCAAAACGUUUCCAGGAAUUGAAAGCACAAAGAGAAAGUAAAGAAGCACUAGAGGUUGAAAAAAAUUCAAGAAAACCUCCUCCUUACAAACACAUCAAAGCUAACAAAGUCAUAGGAAAGGUACAGAUCCAUGUUGCUGACCUGUCCGAGAUCCCCCGCUGUAACUGCAAGCCUGCCGACGAGAACCCUUGUGGCUUGGAAUCAGAGUGUCUGAACAGAAUGUUGCAAUACGAGUGUCACCCGCAGGUGUGCCCAGCUGGAGACCGUUGUCAGAACCAGUGCUUUACAAAGAGACUCUACCCGGAUGCAGAAAUCAUCAAAACAGAGCGGAGAGGAUGGGGUCUAAGGACCAAAAGGAGCAUCAAGAAGGGUGAAUUUGUAAAUGAAUAUGUUGGUGAAUUAAUUGAUGAAGAAGAAUGCAGACUUCGAAUCAAGCGAGCUCACGAGAACAGUGUAACUAAUUUUUAUAUGUUAACUGUUACCAAGGACCGAAUAAUUGACGCUGGCCCAAAAGGAAAUUAUUCUCGUUUUAUGAACCACAGUUGUAAUCCAAAUUGUGAAACACAGAAAUGGACGGUGAACGGAGAUGUUCGAGUUGGACUCUUCGCUCUUUGUGAUAUUCCUGCAGGCAUGGAGUUGACAUUCAAUUACAACCUGGACUGUCUGGGCAAUGGAAGGACGGAGUGCCACUGCGGGGCAGACAACUGCAGCGGCUUUCUAGGCGUGCGGCCCAAGGCGGCAUGUGCAGCCACAGCUGAAGAGAAGGCAAAAAAUGCCAAGUUAAAGCAGAAAAGACGAAAAGUCAAAACAGAACCAAAGCAGAUGCAUGAAGAUUAUUGUUUUCAAUGUGGAGAUGGUGGAGAGCUAGUCAUGUGUGACAAGAAAGACUGUCCCAAAGCAUACCACCUCCUAUGCCUUAACUUGACUCAGCCACCAUAUGGAAAGUGGGAGUGCCCGUGGCACCAGUGCAACAUGUGCAGCAGUGCGGCCGUCUCCUUCUGUGAGUUCUGUCCACACUCAUUUUGCAAGGAUCACGGGAAGGGGGCUCUGGUCGCCUCGGCACUGGAGGGCCGUCUCUGCUGCUCUGAGCAUGACCCUGUGUGUCCCGUGUCACCAGAAUACUGGAGCAAGAUAAAGUGUAAAUGGGAAUCCCAGGACCGUGGGGAAGAGGCACAGGAAUAACUGCACGGCGACCCCCUUUCUGUUUAAAUGCGAUGAAGACAGCGAUGGAUACUGCGUUUUGAGCACAAGAUUGCAGAGUGCACGCAGCUUCUGCCAUCAGAGCUGCCUUACUAAAGCAAGGAUGGGAGACAGUCACACAGGCAGAAGAAGCGAUUGAUGAGGUCCAGUCUUCCCAUUUUGUUUUGCUGACUUGGGAAUUUCUUUUGUGGAAGGUUAAAUCCCACUCCACUCACUUUUUUCUCUUGCCUUUUAUUGUGCUUCAGUGCUUUUGCAGCUGAGAAAAGAAAUGUCUUCGUUUUUAAAAUCAGAACAAAAGAGAAAAGGUUUUGUUAAUGAGAUUAGUUUAAAGUUUAAGAUGUGUUCCUUGGUUGUAUAAAGUAGCUAUCAUUCCUUUAUUUAUUUUCAUUUUUAGGAAUUUGAAAAGUGUAGUUCAGGUAACCCAAUCAGUGGUGUAUGUAUGGGUAUGUGUUUAAGUAGGAACUGGAGGAAGCCCUCUAGAAAAGCGUACAUUACCUUUAUAUACCUCUUUGCUGAGCAGCAGCGGGGCAACCUUCUCUUUCUCUUGGAGAAAAGCUCUCCCCCGGUAUUACAUUGGUAUUAACUGUGUGGUCUUAACCAGUUGGGCUCUGUGCUACAGGAACUUUACCUGCAAAAGGAUAUGAUGUGUUUUUUAGUUUUGUUUGUUCUGGAAGAAGAAAUUGAAUGGAUGUGCAUGCUCCCUGUCCGCAUACAGUGGCUCCGGCGCAAGCGUCGCAGAUGGGAAUGUACGGCCGGGCCCUCUGCCUACCCUGACACCAGCAAAGGUAGCAAACGGAGGCAAAAGGCACAGAUCAAAAGUGGAGUCACCUGAGCACCUUUUUCUGCCCAGUUUUCUGUUGUCUUAUCAAACAUUUUUUUGGUCAGCUGACCAAUCACGUUUCCUAGCACAACUGUGCGAGAGACUUGGAAUAGAUCUUUUAAACUGAGCUUAGUUGGUGGAGUGAACAUGGCAGGGGCAUCUUCAAGUUAUACAUAAGCAAUUCCUAUUUAGUACUAUUCCACAACUUAAAAAUGUCCUCAUAGCUAAGAGCGAGACAUAGAAGCCGCACAGACAUCCUUCACCUUGGGAAGCGCUUAGAGAAACUCCCAGGGAGGUCUGUGUGAGCACAAAUGGUUGCUGGACGUCUUCCCGAAGCUACCCUGCAAAACUCACUCCAUGCCUAGGAGCAGUCAAUUCCUGUACUCCUCACGUGGAAGCGCUGGUAACGUGGGACAUCACACUGGUCAGCAGAUGCCUAGGGUUAGCCUGAAUGAAGUUACAGUUGCUGCUUCCUGCUCACAUUUAUUUUCCGUCAGAAGUGCUCUAUUCCUGAGGAAGGGAGGGAGGAGGGAGGUCCUGCUGUGCUCCUUCAGUACCGGCAGUGGGUCUCCGCAGUGGGUCUCGUCUCUACAAUCUAGAGCCAUUCUCCGGAAAGAAGAAGCUGUGUUGUGCCUCUCUUUCUCCCUUUAAAUAUAGAAAUGUGCAAUUAUACUGGAUUUUCUCUUGCAAAAAACAGCAACAACACUACAAUCCCUUUUUACUUAAGCUUCUAACUGCCAUUUGCCUAAUUGCAGCAAUUAAUUCCAAGGUGACUUCCUGGUCAUCCAGUGAUUCUGCUAAUUACAUGUGAUCCAAAAAGAGCAAAGUGGAGGCGCUCCACGCUGCCACAUCCCAGCGCUCGAGUCCAGGGUACAUGCUCACAGCCGCGCUGGGCUUUGCUCUCGAGCAGUUAUAUAGUUUAAUGUCCUUUUAAAAAAUAAUUUAAGAAAAUCUAGGUUUUCUCAUACUCAGAUCUUAUUUUAUAUAGAUAUAUGAUAAAUGUAUGGAUUUUUAAACUUACUAAUACAAAGAUUUUCUUUAGUAUUCUAAAUGCAACUCUUGUUGAAACAAUGUCUAACAUGAAAUUGUAUUCCUGUUUUGUUUUGGACUUUAGUGCUAUUUAAUAUCUGAAAACUUUUAUAUGGUAAGCCAGGGUACAUUCUAUAAACUGCAGAUCCCUUAGGUUUAAGUAUUUUUAUGCCGCUUCUCAUUGUGUCACAUUUUGUUUUUAUAUCUGUAACGAGAGCUCUGCAGAGACUUUUUUAAUCCUUUUUUUAAUGAUAAUAGGAUCAUUCUGUCAUUUCAAAAAUCAAGAUACAAAAUAGCUAACCGUGGUUCUAAAGUGUUAAUGGUCUGAAAAGCAGCUUUGGUCGUGCUGAUGCCAAGCUGUCCCCACAGCCCUGUGGGUGGCUGCCAGAGCUAAGGCUGUGAAAGCAGGAGGCUGCACCGUGUACACCGUGUAUGCGUGCUGUUGCCGGUGCCACACCAAGAGUAUACUCCAAAGGAUAUGCUUCCCAUUUGCAGCCUGAUGGGGGUGUCUGUUCACUUUUAAGUCUGUCUGUGGUCAGAGCUUGAGUGGUUGGUUUUUAUACUUGUUCAGCAAUGAAAUAACUUUAAUCAGCAUAGGAUGAGAGUGGUUGUGGGUUAACGUUAACCUCAUGUUAAUCCUUUGGUGAGGAAGCAGGCAUGAGAUCAAGAUCCCAGGAUGACCAGGAUCUGACAGAAGGCCUAUUAGCAUGGGGCUGCAGCAGUUAGGUCCCCAGAGCUAAAGGAAUCACAGCUACCACAAGGAAGUGCCAGGGUGCUGGCCCAGCCUGCAGGGGCACUAGGCGGGAAGCAGGCGGCGUGCUGCUUCUCACUUUUGUGUUUGCAGGAUUCCUCUCUGGUUAAAUUCUCACACCUGCUGGCCUCAGCUUUAGAGUAGGUCGAGUUUUGGAAUCACGGAGGCCUGAAGACCCUAUGCUUCUGCCAGGGAGGUUUCUGGAAACAAGACAGGGAGGAGCCACUUGGCAUAGCACUUGAAAAGGCUCUUGUGAGUGCGAUGCCAGGGAGAUGUCAGGUGUCUGACUCGGAAGCCUAUUCAGAAGGCCUAGGCUGGUGGGCAGCUUCCAGGUGGUUUUCUGGGUGUUGUGUUGCAGUCAGGUCAAACCGACACCUGCACUCUGCAGCCAGCAUGCCCCCUAGUCCGAAUGGAUCCUGGGCUUCUGUUUCAUCUUCAAACACAAACUCUUUUAACUCUACCAUAAAGUCAAGGGGCAGCCACCACAGGCCAUUUGCUAGCGGAGUAAUAAAGCAAGCUCCUCAGCUGGCCUUUCACGCAGCUGGCAAGCUGGUGUAUGCUCUACCUCUGUGGGGCGGUGUAGUGGCAGCCCAGAGGCUGCUGCACUGGGGGGUGGCCCCAAGCAACCUGCAAUGCCUUUUUACCAGCCUAAUGCCUCUUGCCACCCCUCAUCCUAUCCUGCAGACAGGAAGUGAUCAAAUGGAAAACAAUUUCCUGUUUGGCCCAAGGCCACCUAGACUUGGUCUCUGGUUCUUUGUAAACAAAAAUUAGAACUCAGUUCCAUUUUCAAAUGAGAAUAGAUGUGAUCAGACAGCUUUGCAAUGAAUUGAUGAAUACUGAAAAGUUGGAAAUUUUGUAUAUACUGAAAUCUUACCAACUUUUGGGGGGUAGGGUACUGGGACCCCUUUAGGGUGAGGGAGGGGAUCAUAAUGUUUACCACAGGUACGAUGUAGUCACUUUAACAUGGAGACCUCUGCCUCAUGGAAUUCAGGUUUUUUAAGUACUUGAAACUCUUCAGAUUCUUGUUUUAGUUUCCUGUUUUUACAGUGUAUGAAGUAGAAAGCAUUGUUUUUUGUACUAUUUUUUAAAACAAAUAGCCUCAUUUCUUACUCUCUUUCAUCUAUGUUAAAAACAGUUCUGGACACAGGCACGCAUCUCACAAUGUCCAGUGUCCAGGCCUUGAGGCAUCCAGGCUUCUCACAGCCGCCUCCUGGGCGGGCGUGGGCCUUUCCUGUCGAGCCCUCCCAGGCCCUCUCCUUUCCUUUGACUGUAGAUGUGUGUAGGGAAUAAUUGUUUGCACUUAGGUUACACUUCUGAAAUGCUGUGUAAACCCUUAUUUAUCAAAAGCAUUUUUAGUUUUUGGUUCUUUUAGCAAUCUGUUGCAGAAGUGACAGAAACGUGCACUUGGGGUGCAGCUCUGGGGAGAGGGCUAACAGCCAGUCCUCCAUGGGCUCUGGAAACCGGCCACAAGCCGGCAAAAGGGAAGUGGCGCUGUCGCUGGAGUCACAAUCCAGCGCUUAAUUUUCCUGUGUGACAUGACUGCCACUGCCCUUCCCACCUGGCCACACGCACUGACAUGUGUGGGCUCGGGCUGCACGGCCCAGCCAGGUUGCCCCCACAGGGCAACCCUAAGACCUUCCUGUUGGUUUAGACGUGGACCAGGUAAAAUUUACUCUGUUGUCCUUCAUAGUCUGUCUUUCGCUGUCACAUGCUGUGUUGAGAAUCAUGCUCCACUAAUAAGACGCUAAGUGAUGAUGACAGCCCGCCAAUGAGAUCGUCUUUUUGUACACAGAGUUGUGUGUAUAUUUGGGAUUGGUGUGACGAACCAUUUAAUGCUGCACAGUGCACGCAGACAUCUAGGUUCCGCUCUCAUUUCCUCAAGUUCUUCAUGCUGAUGACCUUUGUGGAUUGGUUAUUUCCGUACUUUGCUUACCUGUAAUCAACUUUGUAGAUCCUGUGGAAUGUCACUUUGCCUAAAUCACUUGAGACUUGAGUCUUUAUUAACGAAGCAUCAGUGUUCACUGAAGUCAGUCUCUUGAGUUCCCUAACUUGGCUAGAAGCUCUUGACACUAAGGGAGUAGCGUUCAUGUUCCCUGGGGAGUUCCACUAGGGCAUUACUGUAUGAUGACUUGAUGUUGCCACAUAGACUUUAAGAUAUAUACUAUUUUGAGGAGUUUGUUAAUUGGCCUAUGUUCUAUUGCAGAGUGUGGAACGUGCAAAGCUUGGGUAACCUGUAUAUAGAUAGCUCGUUGACUAGUUACCGUGUACUUAGGAUUGCCUGUGAUAUUUAAGCUUCUUACUGAUACAUGUGCUGGUAGAAACAUACCGUUUUUGUACAUUAUAUUUACUCAGAUGUUGCCUUUUUAUUUUACAAAUACUUUGGAAAUCAAGUGGUUUUUUUUGUUUUUGUUUUUGUUUUGCUUCUGUGAGGAUUAAUUUGGACAGAUUUUUGACAUUCCACUGAUUUCAGAUUUUACUUGAGAUUGACUUCAAUAAAUGGCCCUGUAUGUCCCAA